AUGCCACAAGUUGUGAUUCUUCCGAGACCGCCGGUCCCGGAAAUUUCAGUUCUAAAGGUCGGGGAAUGCCGGCCCAGAAGAGCAAUAUCUUCAGAUGUUGAGGAUUUCUGCUCCCUGACUGUGCGUGACUAUCGGGUAUUAUCUCCGGAUUAUAAUCAGGAAGAAAUAGAGCGGAAUCUCAACACAUUGAGAUCUAAACUUGAGCAUCCAACCACAGGAGCAGAUGUAAAUCUUUGUAGUUCGCUUAAACAAACUCAAGCAAGAGUAUCAAUCCUUCAGAUCUUGCGAGAUCCUGAAGCAAGCGUGGUUUUAAGCGAUGAUUCGGAUAUCGUAAAAAACUUGGGGCGGCAUCCAGUUGCAGCAGAAUGCAAUGAAUUUGUGGAAAACUUUAAUAAUUCAAACACUUCAAGAGUUAUGAGGAAUAUUUAUCAUGAUAAAAAAUGGAAAUAUGAGUCUGAGUUACUAAAAGUAACAGAACGUAUUCUGGGUACACCAAUGCUGAAAUAUGGAAAAAUCCUGCAUUUGCAACUAGUACACCUCGCAGUCAACAGAGUGAAGGAACCAGAACGACAAAGUAUAGCAAGUGAAACUCGAAGCGAAGUAUCUAGUUCAUCAGCUCGCUGA